ACACCCAACCAAAAAUAGGAGGUGCGAAUUUCCCAAAAAAAAACAUAUAAAAGGGUUACAAUUGUUUAAAAUCAUGGGAACUCAAUUUUAAAAAAAAAAACGUGUGAACGACCGUACCCAUUUGCCAAUUGGCCUCAAUUGUUACAAAGUGGUAGACAGUUCUCAUAAAAAGCUCAAAAUCCGACUCUUCGUCUCGCCAAUCACAGUGACAGUCCCAGUGACAAUGACAGUGACAGUGACAUUCCUUACUUUUGUAUUUUUGCUGCAAACUCUAUAAUAGAUGGUAUAUCGUUCUAUCACUCUCUCUGCCACUGCAAAGUUAAGCGUCGGUUUUGACCAGCCGAAAUAAUAGAUGGGUCUCGAACAAGGAGAGGAAGAGAAGUGGGUUAAGUACUAUUCCUCAAACCAUCAUAUACUGUUAGUGGGUGAUGGCGAUUUCUCGUUUUCUUCGAGUUUGGCUCGCUCUUUUGGCUCUGCUUCUAACAUCGUCGCUACGUCGCUACUAGAUGUUGUCAUCAAUAAAUACAAGGAAGCAAAAUCAAACUUGGAGAAUUUAAGAAUCCUGGGAGCAUCCAAUUUACAUGGUGUGAAUGCAAUGAGGUUGAAGACUUAUCCUGAACUGAUAAUGCGGAAAUUCGACCGGAUUAUUUUUAAUUUUCCUCAUGCAGGUUUUGGUGCAAGGGAAGAUGACAAUCGUCUAAUUCACAAGCAUAGAAUACUUGUCCAUGGAUUUUUUUGGAGUGCAAGAAGCAUGCUUCGACCUAAUGGUGAAAUUCAUGUAAAUCACAAAACAACACCACCAUUUUCCCUUUGGAACCUAGAGCAACUGGCAACUUGGAACUCAUUAUCUUUGAUCGAGUGUGUGGAGUUCAACAUUAAAGACUAUCCUGGUUAUAAUAAUAAAAGAGGAGAUGGUGCCAGAUGUGAUUUACCUUUCCCUUUAGGGAAGUGCAGUACCUUUAAAUUUCGACUCUCUACUACAUCCAACAAUGGGUUGCGAACUACUUCAAGCUCUGCUCCAAUGCUUAGAAGAUUUGGGCAAUGCUCUACUUCAUUUGACUUCAAAAUAUCUCAAAAUAGUUCUGUUGCAAUGUUCAAUCAAGACUUUCACCAACCAUUUCAGAGGUUUCCCUAUCCUCCAUCAGAUCAUAUUGUAGAGAAAAGUCUUAACUUUGAUUAUGUGAGAUCCCCAUUAGAAGCUAGUGUAAGAAACUGGGAGGAUUACCGUGAGAUGUUUUCCUGGAAACUUGAAUAUACCGAAGAAAUUCAGGGACUAAAUCAUCUUGGUAUGGUCUCUCCUGUCAAUGAUUUGAGACAUAAAAGAACAGCGGAUCAUGGCACUCAAAUAUUGGUUGAAUCUAAUAAAAGAACUUGUUUUGAUAUGGGACCUUCUUUUAAUGAAGUAAGACAUAGUUUCAACAGCAGCAAAGCUGCCAUGCUUCCUGGAAGAAUCACAAACCAUGAUAUUGAUAUGCAUAGGUACCCUGAAUCUGAUCAAAGAACUUGCCAAGAUGUGGACUCCCCUUUUAUCAAUGAACUAAGGUAUAGUUUCAGCAGAGACAACACACAAAUGCUUCUUGGAAGAACCUUGAACCAAAACAUGCGUAAUUUGUCCAACUUUGAUCGAAGAACUUGUGAUGGUUUGAGCUUUCCUGUCAAUGAACCAAGACUUGGUUUUAGUAGAGACAGGACAACAUUGCUUCCUCGAAGAACCUUGAACAAUGGUAAUCAUUUGUUGCCUGAAUGUGAAUAUAAUCCUGUUGAGUCCCGAAGGUUGGUUUGGGAAUUCGGCAACUAAGUUUAUCUUUGUGAAUGUUAUCAUUGAGAAAUACCGUGAUCAUUUGUUUUGAUGUUUAUGGACGGGGCUAUCUAAUUUGGGUUGCCGAUAUAGUGUAUUAGGUACAUACAUGUAGAAAUGAAGCUUAGAAGCCAGGAAUGGUGGAUUAUGGUACAAUAUUAUGGUUGAUAAGAAGUACAAUGGCAACGGCUACAUACAGAUUAGGACAACAAAGUUUGAUAUGGAGGCAAUUGUGAACUGAACAAUUGCUUAUUAUACAAGUAUUUUGCUGUUUAAUUUGUCUAGAAGAAUCUUGCUUUGGAAGUUGAAACGAACGACUUAAAUGUUGCAAUUGAAAAUUGACUGAUUAUUAUUAUGAGUGUCAUUCACCAA